UAUUUUGAAUUUGAGGUGAUAAUAGAAUAUAAGGACGUUACAGUACACUUUUUAAAUUAUUUUUUUUAAAUUCAAUGUGUAUAUUCUCUUUUAACAGCAUAAUAUGCUGCUAAAUAUUAUUAGGUAUUAUAUUAUAAUACCUACUGCAAUAUACAUCAAAUAUUAGUAAUCUAAUUUAAUAUUCGCUACUUACAUUAAAUACGAAUUUUUCAGCGCCAAAUUGCCCUAUAGUUAUAUACUCUUUGGUGACAAAUUCGUGAUUGAAUAAACAAUAGCGGGAGUGACGUAUCUAUUCUAAACCUUUAUAAAAAAAACGAAAAUCAAAGGCGUUUAUAAUACCAAUAUAUUCUUACGAAUAAUACAACAACUCUAUCACUAAAGUAAAAAAGUGAAAUAAACAAACAAAAGUAUUCAAAUUCAAAAUAAUUAUGUAUUUAAGACGUAGUACAACAGUCAAAUACAUGAUAGCAGCGUUUUUUGGGGCAGUCAUUUACUGUGAAUGGUAUGUCUACCUCAUUCAGAAACAGUACUGGCCAGAGCUGGAGUGCGAUGAUCAAGACACAAGUUGUAUAAAGAUUUUAUUUAUAGCCGAUCCCCAAAUUCAAGGAGACGAAGCCGUCCCACCUCCUUUAAGCUACCUCUUUAAUUGGGACAGUGAUAGUUACCUGAGGUCUACAUUCAAAGUGGUAGUGGACUAUUGGAGCCCGGAAAUCCUGGUGUACCUGGGUGACCUGAUGGAUGAAGGCUCCAUAGCUACCAUGCCGCAGUUCCAUGGCUAUGUCAAGAGACUGGCUGGUAUAUUUGAAUGGGAUUUCCCUGCUGUGCGAGUCUGGGUACCCGGUGACAACGAUAUUGGCGGUGAGAACGAACCCAUCCGUCGCGAUAAGAUUGAAGAAUUUGAGAAAGUGUUCGAGCAGCCGCCCAUUGUAGAGUAUUCUAAUAUCUCCUUUUACAAAGUAAAUGCCAUUACUUAUAAAUUCCCACGAAAGGAUGACGAGUUUCCUGGCAACGAGAAGAACUUCAAGAUCGCUGUGUCUCACUAUUCAGUUACUGACAAAACCAUGUUUGCACACCAGAUAAUGAAAGCAAUAAACCCUAACAUAUUCUUCUGCGCUCACGACCACGAGUCGAAAUAUGUCAAGCAGAAUAAGAAGCUCGGUCAAAGGCAGUUAGUGUGGCUGAAUGGACCGACACCGACCCUCAACAUAUCCUUUGAACAGGAGACUCUGUAUGAGGUCUACGUGCCAACCUGCUCGUAUAGGAUGGGCACCGACUACAUUGGCUAUGGUGCUGCUGUUCUAGAAAACAACCAAAAAAACAUGAGAUACACAGUAUUUUGGUCGCCAACCAGGUUUCCCUACUUAAUUAUCUAUUUAUGUAUGCUGGUCAUACUGCUUUUAUACUGCCUAGUGUUCUGUGUUGCCAGGCUUUGUCACAGAAAAUCCGCAACAAUAACUAAAAGUGCGGAUAUGUCUCCAUUGCUACAACGAAUUUAGCAGAUUGUAACACUUAUCCCAGUGUUAAUAAGUGCCAAUUUGAAAGGUAUACUCGAUUGUAAAAUAUGAUGAAAGAUUUAAAUUCAGUCGAGAACUUAUAUCUACUGUUUAUUUGUAGAUUUGAUUGGCAAGGUAAGUCCAUAUAAUUAGUUAUUUAUAAUAUAAAAAUAAGUCAAGCUUUCCUUCCUGACGCUAUAACUUCAGGACGCACGAACCGAUUUGCAUUCGUUGGAAAAGUCUCGGGCUCCGUGAGGUUUAUAGCAAAGAAAAAUCAGGAAAAAAUUCAAGAGAAAAGCAGGAAAACAGGGCAAAUCAUUUUUCAUAUACAGCGCCAUCUUUAAUACAAAAAUAAGCGAAGCCAUUGGUAGCGAAACGGAGUUCACCGGGUUUGCUAGUUUCAUAUAACUAUGCCUUAUAACAUUAACAUAAUUUUAUAAGUAACUUUUGAAUUGAAGUGGCUAACUAUGUAUAACUCUCUUAUGAAACCAGUGAAUUGAUUUAUAAAUUGACUAUGGAAUUGAAAAAAUAUGACAUAUUAUAAUGAUCCCAAUUUAACAUUCACCCAGUAAAUAAAAUUAGGUAACAGAGAAAAAUGCCUUUGAUUGAGGUUUUGUUUUACUUUGUGACUUAUUAUUUUUAGAGUACCUACUUAAACAGUACAAUUAUUAAUUCCCAGUGGGAUUAUAUUUUUAUUUGUUUUAUUUUUCGAAAUAAUAUUAUUAAUUUGAGGAGGUCGCUCCUUCUCGGGCCUGACCCGGUGAAAGUGGGCACCGUGUAUUAUUAAUUUAUUUUAUUUUAAUUUCUUAAUUUAUUUUAUUAUUAAUUUAUUUGAUAUUAAUUUUAUUUUAAUUAAUUUUAUAAUUAAUUUAUUUUAUUAUUAAUUUAUUUUAUAUUAAUUUAUUUUAUAAUUUAUAAAGACAUUGAGUUAUAAUUAUAUAUAGCUGGUUAAAUCGCUGUGUGACGAAACCUUCGUGAUCCAUUUAUAAAAUGUUUUAUCAAAUGAUAUUAUGUAUUAAUUUAGUAACUAAUGUAGUUCUCAAAUUGGCUUUAUACUUACAUGCAUUUAUGUAUAUUAUGAUAAUUAUUUAAAAAUACUCGGCCCAAAUUAAAUUGGCUGUGCUUUUACUAAUUAAUAAACGUAACCCCGUCGAUGGUAGAAGUAAAUUUAAAUAUGUAAAAUUUAUAUUUUAAAUAAUGUAAUUAUAGAAUUAAAUAUUAGAGCUAGCGUUCUGGUGCCAAGAAAAAACUCCAAUUAUAAACAAAUAAGCAGAAUAAUAACUAAUAUUAGGUACAAUGAUGAAAAGGCUCGAUUAAUUAUAUUACCUGUUGUGUAUGUACUAAAUUAUUAUUUACAAACGCCCUAAUUUUAAAGCUUAAUCACUAACUCUACAAAUACCUCGAUAUUUAAUUGAUAUUUCUAUUAAAUUUAUGUAACUAAGGCUGACUGUAUAUGGUAGAUUUUAUGUUUUUCGCUACAUAAUGUGAGUGACCCUUAUUUUUCUAAGGUCCUAAAACUCCAAUGUUUUUAAUGUUUUAAAGUAAGUUUAAAGUUAAGUUACAAUACAAGUACAAGUUGGAAUAUAAGGUGCGUUGGGGUAAGAUCGGCGGAGGGGUAAGAACGUACAAAUCAAAUAUCUCACUUAUUUGGCUAUAUUUUUUAAUGCUGAUCACAUUGCGUGGCACGUCAUUAAGUCCCGCCCCACCCCGCGGUGACCACCACUCGCUCCGGUCAACACAGACGUGUACCCGCGCCGUUUUAGAAAAAAGGCAAAUUUUAUAAAAUAUUUGUUUAUCCGGUCUUUCACCUACAUUUUUAUUUGCAUAUUUUAGCAAAAGUAUAGCUUAUUUUGACAUGUUUUUGCCUAAAUACUAAGUUUUGAGCAAUGAUAAUAUGAUAAAACUAAUCCAGAUUUGUCUACUACCUCUGUAGGCUGAAAUCCGGUGUUACCCAUGUCGGGUAAAGAUCAGACAAAAAUAUCCCUAUUCGAAAAUGGGCAGUGAUUGUCAAACUUUUGUUACAAAUGAUUUUAAUUUAAUUUUAAAUAAUUACUUAGGGCUGAUUUUCCAACCUUCAGUUGCCACGUAAAUACUCCCGAACCUCUUCGCGGGCCACUACUUAUACAAAAGAAGCGCUGGAAUUAGCCAUGCAGCAAAUAAAUAAUAAAGAACUCACGUAUGCAGCCACUUCAAAAAUGCUUGUGGAUAAAUCUAAACUUUGAGAAACUCAAUUUCUUUGAAAUUUGGUAUGCGGGGUAAGAUCGGACAAAUUAAACGAAAAAAAAUAGAAUCAUUUGGAACAUCUAUAUUUGUUGUAUUAGGUAAAUUUUUGUGAUUUCAUGUUAAAGUACAGGAAAGAUCGGCUACGUUCCUUUCAUACACCUUGUGUUCCUAGCACUAGAAAUUAUUUUAAAUUGUUGUCCGAACUUACCCCAUGAUGGCCAAAUCGUCAUCACAUCAAAAAAAAAAUUGUCCUAAUUUUAUAGGCUUGCAAAGCAAAAAGUAUUGAGUAUUUAUAAAUAAAUUAAAUUUUAAAUAACACUGUGUUUAAUCAUUAUUCGUUUCCACUUUUUUUCAUGAAUCUACUGUGUACCAAAAUUGAGAUAAUAAAGUUUUUGCAACAUCCUUGCAACUAUUCGAAAAUCCGUCCGAUGUUACCCCAACGCACCUAACAAACUUACAACUUAAAUGCAUUACAUCAACAAACUAUAAGUGGCCACUGUUGACCAAAGGCCUCUUCUCACACAGAGAAGGUUUGAGCAUUAAUCACCAUGCUUGCUCAAUGCAGGUUGGUGCACUUAAAUGCAUAUUCCAUCCGAAUAUCAGCUCUAAAGCUGUAUCCAUAAAGGCAUAUGUACUUAAAAUCUUCUAUAUGCAGCUAGCCUUUUAAAGCAAUCUUAAAACAGGUUUAUUACAUGACAAGAAUUGAAUGAUAUUGUUAGAAAUAAAUAUAUUAUAAUGCUCCAUAAUGUAAAUGUACAAAAAUGUACGUACAUGCUCAUUUAAUACGUGUAUUUAAUUCAAAUUGCGGGUAUUCAGAUCUUUAUAUAUAAUAAAAAUCUUUAAAAAGAAUUCAAGCCUAGCCGUUAAGUUACUAAGUUAUGUGGAAGAAACAUUAUGUAUAAACAUGCUACUCUGUUCAUUUUAAUGUCUUUGGUAAAAUAUUUUAUGUUAAAACAAUUUGAAUAAGCACUUCCAGUACACCACUGCCUGAUAAACGGGUUGUCAAUAGACCUACACCUAAGCGCCAAAUAAAUAAGGGUCAAUGUAUACCUACACACAUUACAUACUAUGUACUUCUGAGAUUCAAAAGGAUAGAUUGAUAGUUAGUAAGCUGUUGUGUGAUUAGUGUUGUAGGAGAUAAGGUUGAAUUUGUUAUGUCAAUUAUUCCCGUUAUAAUCCGAUUCUGGUCUGCACCAGUAUAAAUUGACCCUAAGCUAACUGCCAUCUGUCAUGACAAUAA